AUCAAGUCGAGCGUGAACAGAAAGAAUGCCAAGUACCUGCUCAGAGGAGAGUCUGUCGGCAAGGUCUUCCGGGUCAACGAGGACACAGGAGACGUGUAUGCCUUUGAGAGGCUGGACCGGGAGAAGACCUCCGAGUACCACCUCAUUGCCCUCAUCGUGGACAAGGACACCAACAGAGACCUGGAGUCUCCUUCCAGUUUCACCAUCAAAGUUCACGACGUGAAUGACAACUGGCCUGUGUUCACGCACCGGUUGUUAAAUGCAUCUGUGCCCGAGAUGUCGGCUGUGGGGACCUCGGUCAUCCGUGUGACAGCAGUGGAUGCAGAUGACCCCACUGUGGCAGAUCACACCUCUGUCAUGUACCAAGUCCUGAAGGGAGAAAAGUAUUUUUCCAUCGAUAAUUCCGGACUCAUUCUCACGACAACCAAUAACUUGGACCGAGAGAUGCAAGCCAGAUACGAGAUCGUGGUGGAGGCACAAGACAUCCGGGGCCUCCGGGGGGACUCGGGCACGGCCACUGUGCUGGUCACCCUGCAAGACGUCAAUGACAACUUCCCCAUCUUCACCCAGACCAUGUACACAUUUGUGGUGCCUGAAGACAUCCGCGUGGGAAGCCCCCUGGGCUCUCUGUUUGUUGAGGACCCAGAUGAGCCCCAGAACCGGAUGACCAAGUACAACAUCGUGCAAGGCGAGUACAGGGACACUUUCACCAUCGAGACAGACCCCACCCACAACGAGGGCAUCAUCAAGCCCAUGAAGCCCCUGGACUAUGAACGCAUCCGGCAAUACAGCUUCACCAUCGAGGCCAUGGACCCCACCAUCAACCUCGGAUACCUGAGAGGCACCUCCAGCAGAAACACAGCCCGCGUCUUCAUCAACAUCACAGAUGUGGACGAGCCCCCCAUCUUCCAGCAGCACUUCUACCACUUCCAGCUAUGGGAGAACCAGAAGAAACCUCUGAUUGGCGUGGUGAUAGCCACAGACCCCGAUGAGAUUCGGCGCAGAAUUGGGUAAGCACUUGGUGGGCGUGUUGAUGACAAUGACAAUGACAAUUCUGGCACUGAUGUUCUUAUGUCUGCUCGUCUGAGACCAGGACUCAGAGAGGAAAACUGGCUUCUCCCGGCAUUUGCGUGGGAAGUGGCAGAGGCAGAAUGA